GAGGGAAUUAAACAUAGUAACCUAAAAAAGGAAAAGAAGAAGAAUGGAAAGAGCGAGAGAAAUAGGAGAAGGAAGCGCAUCGUCAUUACGGGAACAACGAAACCUCAGAGAGAAAGAACGACGAAUGCGCAUGAAACAUCUCUUCUCCAUACUCUCUUCUCAUGUUUCUCCCACUCGUAGGUUGCCAGUGCCUCAACUUAUAGAUCAAGCGGUAUCAUACAUGAUCCAACUGAAAGAGAAGGUAAACUAUUUGAAUGAGAUGAAAAGGAGAAUGUUAGGAGGAGAAGUCAAAAAUCGCUCUGAAGGGUCGUCUCUUCUGCCAAAACUCAGUAUUCGUUCACUGGAUUCGAUCAUAGAAAUGAAUCUGGUUAUGGAUCUAAACAUGAAAGGAGUAAUGUUACACAAGCUUGUGAGUGUUUUUGAAGAAGAAGGAGCUCAAGUGAUGAGUGCUAAUCUUCAGAACUUGAAUGAUAGGACCUUUUAUACAAUCAUAGCCCAGGCUAUCAUAUGUCGGAUCGGGAUUGAUCCAUCAAGGAUAGAAGAGAGAUUAAGGGAUAUAAUCUCAUGAUUAAUUUUUUGAAGCAUUAUUGAAUCCCAAAUCACAAGUCUUUUCUUAACAAAUUAAAUGUGUUAGUUCUUUAAACAUGAGAUUAUGAGUAUUUUUAAGAGUGAAUUGGUGUAAUAGCCCUAUUGUUGUUUAAGUUAAAGAGAAUGAUCAAAUGUCUGAAUACCAUUUCCUCAAGUAUAUGAACGAAAAAGCCUCUCACAUCA